AUGAAUAAGUCUAAAUUGGCAUUGCUAAACAAGUAUUUUGAUGCAAUCAAAAGUAGCGAGCUGAAAAGCCUGGGGCUGAUGCUGGGCUCGGCCAAAACCGGCACAAAGAAAGAACUAAGAACUGCAUUAAACGAACAGAUGGGCAAUUUGAACACGCUGUGGCGGUUACGAGAGUCACCAACAGGACUUAGAGUGAUGGGAAUCGACUUGGGAAUAUCCAAUUUUGCAUUCACAACGUUCCACUGGGGAAAAGGCAUGAAAAGACCGGUAUUGAAAGAUAUGUACAAGGUGCAAUUGGCAGGCGAUUUCGUUCAUUUAAACGAGGGCGAAAUAUCACCACCACUGCGACCUGAGGUAAUGGCGAUGCUUGGAAUGAAUCUAGCGAACUGGCUUGUCAAAUUUGAUUCGAAUGCGUAUCUUAUUGAACGUCAACGGUCGAGAAGCGCGUCUUCUUCUAGUAUCUUGGAAAAUAUUCUAAAAGUUAUGAUUCUCGAGUACGUAUUGUAUUCCAACCUACAGAACAAGAUCAUACGAGAGUCAUUGCCGGUGCAUUUGUUCCCGUCUCUACCAAAACGGAUGGUAGACUUUACAUGUUCAGGACUUCCAAUUGAACAGCUGCUAGCCGGGACUAAGAGUGGAUCAAAUCAAAAGUCCAAGGCCUUAGGGUCGAACCUGUUAUCCAAAAAACUGCGAAUUGCUCUAUGUAGAUCAUUGGUAUUCGACCAAAUAUCAGGGAAGCAAAGACGGUUUUUCAUGUUUGAUUUGGAUCCACAAUUCAUGGAAAGGUGUUUGGCUUAUCCUGGUGAUAAAACGGCUAUAAACUUCUAUGAGAUUUCGAAAGGGACCAGUAUCGACAUGGAUUUUAAGCAAAGAAACAAAAAUGACGAUCUCUGCGAUUCACUGCUCCACGGGCUAGUGUGGAUGCGCUGGCUCAGCAAUUAUGAUACCCUGUUAGCCUUUGCCAGCAAGCAUCCAAUCCCCGAUACUGAUUCUCAGAACCAGUUUAAACAGUUGAUCGAAGAUUUCAACGAGUCCCAUAACAAGUUCUUAUUAACAGUCAUUACACACAUAUAA